CACAUGGCAAAGGAGCCAGUGGAGGACACAGACCCCAGCACUUUAUCCUUUGCCAUGUCAGACAAGUAUCCCAUUCAAGACACUGGCCUCCCUAAAGCUAAGGAGUGUGAUGCAGUCACUUCCAACUGCCCAUCAAAUUCUGAUGAUCAGCACCAGGGAGAAGAAAAUGACUUUCCAGACAGCACUGGGGAUCCCCUUUCAGGUGUCAGCAGAAACCAGCCAUGCAAGGAAGGCUGCCCUUGCUCUUCCUGCUCUCCUCGGGCUCCCACCAUUAGCGACUUGCUCAACGAUCAAGACUUGCUAGAUGUGAUCAGGAUAAAGCUGGAUCCAUGUCACCCGACUGUGAAGAACUGGAGGAAUUUUGCCAGCAAAUGGGGCAUGCCCUAUGAUGAGCUCUGCUUCCUGGAACAGAGGCCCCAGAGCCCCACGCUGGAGUUCUUAUUCCGAAACAGCCAGAGGACUGUAGGCCAACUGAUGGAGCUCUGCCGACUUUAUCACAGGGCUGAUGUGGAGAAGAUCCUGCGCAGGUGGGUUGAUGAGGAGUGGCCCCACAGGGGACCCUUGGAUGGUUCCAUGCACUUUUAGAAUCCCCUCCCCUGGCAUUGGCCGUACUGCAUGCUAGAACAGCAUGGAUCACAGGGACCUAUGUGUCCCUGCUGUUAAGGUCUUCGGAUGAGAAUAUAACACAGGCAGUGGUUAUCCCUGAAGCUGGUGGCUUGGGGAAGGACAGGUUGUUUCAAAAGAAGGUGUUUGUUUCCUUUUGCACAUUUGCUUUAAUUUAAUAUUUGAACCUGGAACUGGGGAAGAAUAUUUUAUAGGUCACAUAGGGCCACAGCCUAUGGCUGGGACAGAGCCAUGCCAACAUGGAACGAAAACUCUUCUUAAAAACUGCCAAAGAUUGCAGCUUUCCCAAACUGUCAGUGUCUCUGGACAUGUGCACGUCAUCCCAUACAGGACCUUUGCAUUCCCUGCCUAGCGGAGGACAGCAUGUAGAAGUCACCCUGGCCUGUUCACUGUUCACAACAGUGUGUUUCUGUUGCAAAAGGCUUUGGAGAUCAAGAAGAUACUAUGCAAUGUGGCCCAGAUAUAUGGGCUCCUUUGUUUUAUUAUUAUCAAAUACUUUUGUAAUCUAUAGGCUAUCAACACUGUCAUUGAAUUUAGCAUUUUACAAAGGAAUACAAAAUGUAUGGUUUAUGGGAGAAGAGAGUGGGUUAGUGUCUUAGGAAUGGCAUUGACAAAGAAUAGUGCUCAAUAUGGCCUUUUGGGCCCUAGGGAGCUAUCUCAGUGGUUACAGUGCUCACCAAAUAAAGCACGAGAACCAGAGUCCAGGUCCCUGGAACCCACAUAAGUGAGGGAGUGAAUGAUAUGGCAACUCACCUGUCAUUCCGGAAGAGAUAGCAAUCCCGAGAACAAGAUGGCUAGCUAGACUAGGCACAUGGAUCAACACUGGGUUCAACCGAGAGACUCUUUCUCAGUGAACAAUGUGCAGAGUUGUUGAGGAAAACUUUCAACAUCAACUUUGGGAGUCUAUAUGCACACACAUGUACAUGCACAUCUGUAUAC